AUGCCAGGUUUAUUAUAUGGUUCAGUAAGAUGUUUUUCAAGCACAAGUUUGGCAUCUAAAUCAGCAUGUUCAAUUGUUAAACCUGUUCAUCAUUUGGUUAAGAUUGAUAAAUCUAAAUUGACCUCUAGAUUCCCUGAAAUGAAAUAUGAAAAAAAUGAUAUUCGUUCUCCUGCUUUCAAACCAAUUGCUGUGGCUCAGGACAGAGGUAAAGAGCAUUAUUUAAAUACUUUACAACCUGAUCUCUUGUUAUUAAAUUAUUCUCACGGGGCAAAGGUCGAAGAAGGUUUGAAAACUAGACAAUGGGAUGGAACUUCUCCUUACCAUAUUAAUAGAAAAGCAAGACUACCUAGAGGUUCAAAAGCUCAAUUACCUAAUAUUAAUGUAAUUGAUUGGAAAAAUAUCCCACAACUUGAUAACAUUGUCUUGAAUUGUUAUGUGAGUGAAGCAAAGGAUAAUUCUUUAUUAGCCAUUUCCGCAGCUUUGCAAUUACAACAAAUCACCGGUGUUAAACCAAAUGCUAUAUAUUCAAAAUCUGAUGUUCCAAAUUGGAAAUUGAGAAAAGGUCGUCAAAUGGGUGCAAAAGUCGUAUUAAAGGGUCGUCCUAUGUAUCAAUUCCUAUCAACAUUGACCGAAAUUGUUAUGCCAAGAAUUAGAGAAUAUAAAGGUAUUAAUGAAAGCUCUGGUAGUAGAUUUGGUAGUGUAUCGUUAGGUUUGAGUUCAGAAGAUGUGAAGUUUUUCCCAGAAAUUGAUUUAAACCAAGAUCUAUGGCCUGCUACAUUCGGUAUGCAUAUUAAUUUCAAUACAACCGCACAAAACGAUCUACAAGCUAAAUCAGUAAUUAGUGGAUUCCAAGUACCAUUCAAUAAUUCUCCAAAAGAAGUGUAA